UUAAUGCUUUAAUAUUUAAAAUGAUUUGAUGGAAUAUUUGGAAGUGAUCAAAUUAUUGGACAGUGUCCACUCUUAUUUUUAGUUCUUUAAGAAUGUAUUGAUGCUUGGAAACUUUUACAUGGGUAAAUAGAUCAACCCUCACAACAAUCACUCACCUUCACUGGGAACAGUGUUUUUCCAGUGAAGCAUGGUUCCUUUAACCUAAGUACAAUAUCUUCUUUAACCCCUGAGGUUUCCCCAUCAAUGAAUCAUUUUCAAUCAAUCAAUUGUCUGAGGCCUUUCAUAAAGGAAGCAUGGCGAGCUUACUGCACUAAUAAAAAAAAGCCAGAUUCCUGUGUAAUACGCACGUUUCCAGGCGCGUGGACCACGGUGUCUGAAGGAGCCUGUUGAGGAGCGGAUGUGAGGAAGGACGGUAAAAUCAGCAGAGGGCUCGAUAUAAAGGCUGACGAGGACAAGCUGACGCUCAGACCAGAAGCUGUGCUCAUCUCAAAGCACACUCCCUUAAACAACCGACCGAAGCUCACACUUUCAGUUGGGUUCAGAGCUGUCUCGCUGUUGACAGGGGGCAGAAUGAGCAUGCGCAGAGCCGUUGUUGGUUGCCUGGUGUUGGCGUGCCUGGUGGGGCUACUGGCUGAGAGGGCAGAGGGACACAUCACCUUCUUCAGUCCAAAGGAGCUGAUGCUGAUGAAGGAGAGAGAAGGUAGAAAGAACAUGGAGCCCCGAUCAGAGGACGGUCAGUUCGAAGAGGUUACAGUCCAACAGCUUCCUCUGUUGGAACACGGUGGAAACCCUGAUAAAAUAGUGGAGGUCGCCGUCCGUCUUUCACCCAAACAGCUUGAUCAUGGGUCCCCGGUGCUAGAAGAGAUCAUCCACGACAUUGAGGAGGAACUUCAAAAAGCCAAAUAGCGAGGUUGAAGACACCACGGGAUGAACCAAAGCUGUACAAAUUCUUCAGAAAAGCACUGAUUGUCUAAAUGUUUUAUUGUGGGUUUA